CACUCCUCUUACCGCUAGCAGAGGAAUCUCGUUUGGCCAGAGGAACUCACCCGACCGCAGCUCAGCCUUCCUCUUUUUCACUGUCUGAGGAGCAGCGGCGGAGAGGAGCCGCGACUCGAAGCCGACCGGAGCCGCUCAGCGAAGAACCCGCUCUCGCCCGACGCAGACCCAGCCUCUUCACCAUGGGGAAGAUCGGCAAGGAGACGGCCGGCCAGAUCAUCAGCUUCAUCGGCCUGGUCGGCGUGGCGGUGACCUGCGGCAUCCCCAUGUGGAGGGUGACUUCCUUCAUCGGAGCCAACAUCGUGACGGGGCAGAUCAUCUGGGACGGCCUGUGGAUGCGCUGCGUGAUGCAGAGCACGGGCCAGAUGCAGUGCAGGCUGAACGAGUCCGUGAUGAGCCUGAGCCAGGACCUGCAGGCCGCCCGGGCCCUGGUCAUCAUCUCCCUCGUCUUCGGCUUCGUCGGCUUCAUCAUCUCCUUCAUCGGCGCCAAGUGCACCAGCUGCCUGAAGACCGAGCAGUCGGGCUCCAAGGUGGUGAUCAUCGCCGGCUGCCUCGUCAUCGUCGCCGCCGUCCUGGUGCUGAUCCCCGUCUGCUGGUCUGCGGCCAUCACCAUCAGCGAGUUUCAGGACCCCUUGACCAUCGACACGCAGAGGAGGGAGAUCGGAGCCUCCAUCUACAUCGGCUGGGCCUCUGCUGCCCUGCUCCUGAUCGGGGGAAUCAUCCUCACCACCUCCUGCCCGCCUCAGACACCCUACGGAUACCCCACGUACCCUCCCGGACAGCUGUACCCUGCGCCUGCAUACCCGCCGUCGUACGCUCCGGUGUACGCUCCCGCGUCGUACACUCCCUCGGCAUCUUACGCGCCCGCCAAGCCGUACAGAGCGCCGUCCGCCUAUUCUCCCAGGCAGUACAUCUAGACGCGAAGGGACAGAAACAUCUGCCAUGAAGGCUCGAGCAGCCUGUGUUGCUGCUGGAAAGAACAAUCGCACCGAAAUGCACGUUGCUUUGUUUCUCUGGAAGAUGGCAGACUGGAACACAUGGUCUGUGGUGUAUGAAUUCACCCAUUCACUGUGAAUGUUGAAUUUUAUGAAAAUGCCAUAAAAAGCAUCCCUCUGUGUGAAUCAGUGUCGUGCUUCAACACAGAAAUCUCUGAAAUGUGUGUGCACAAGAAGUUCCAUUGCACAUGAGGAAGUCUUUGUUGAUAUAUUUAUUUUCCUGCCAAAUUACUGAUUUUGUAAAUAAUGAGUGUCUGUGACGUGAUCAGUGUCUGUAAACAUGACUUUAUUUUUCCGAUUACUUGACAGAAUUUCAAUAAAAUGUUUCCUGUAC